AUGAGAAGCCCCUGUAGACUCGAGAGAAAGCCUCCUAGUAGUACUCAACAAGCCGCCUUGGUGGGUAGAGGGGCCAGGGCCCAAGAUUUACAACAGCCACAAGGCCAUCUCUAUCCCGCCUGGAAGUCCUUGGCUGACCUGACGGCAGUGGACGUUCCGACCCAGCAGAACCGUUUUGAGGUUGUCUACAACCUGCUGUCCCUACGAUUCAACUCCCGGAUCCGGGUGAAGACCUACACAGAUGAGUUGAUGCCCAUGGAGUCUAUUGUCCCUGUGCACAAGGCCGCCAACUGGCACGAGAGGGAGAUCUGGGACAUGUUUGGAAUCUUCUUUGCCAACCACCCUGAUCUCAGGAGGAUCCUGACAGAUUACGGCUUCGAAGGACACCCUUUCCGGAAAGACUUGCCCCUGUCUGGUUCCGUGGAGUUGCGCUAUGACGAUGAGGUGAAACGAGUGGUGGCAGAGCCUGUGGAGUUGGCCCAAGAGUUCCGCAAAUUCGACCUGAAUAGCCCCUGGGAGGCUUUCCCAGGCUAUCGCCAGCCUCCAGAGAGUCUCAAGCUUGAAGCCGGGGACCAGAAGCUAGAAGCCAAGUAGCUCCCGGCACGGCCUGUGCCUCCCCUGAUGUCUCUCAUCCACAA